GAGUCGAAGGAACGAGCGUGGGCGCCGCCGCCGCUCACUGACGCCGGGCACCGGGCAGCGUCAUUGUAUCGCAAGCCGCAGAAGCUCUACGGAGAGUGACAAGUACAGGAGCACUUCCUCCGCGUCGUGUUAUAUCUAACGACGUACGCUGGGCGGUAGGCGCCCAUGUUUAAGAAACAGCCGCUGAGGGAGGAGGAGGAGUGAUGCGGCGAAUUGCGUCGUGGGUCAACGAGAGCAUCCAAGCAAUAAGAACAUUUCCAAGAACGUUUUUCAACGUCGAUUAGAAAAUAGCAAACGACGAACGAUAAACAUGGAAUUUCAAAGUGCACAUUUCUUCGACGAUAAACGGCUUCAAUGAUGACGACGACGAUAAUGAUAAUGAUGCCACCUGCCGUGACCAUCAGCACCUAAAAGCAGGACGUUGGGCGUGCUUCUGUGUGCCUUUUGGGACAACCAAGAUCUCAAGAUUGGAUUCAAGUUGGUGUGUGCCAUCCAUGCCGGUGUUGUCAGAGGUGUCUACUGCUUCAGACUACUGUGACUCGGUCACAGAAUGGAAACCGAAGGUGUUGAUGUGUGUGCCGCAUAUCGGCAAAUUCGCCCACGGCGCGUGUGAGCUGUUAGCCGGAGCGACGGAACAUACGACUAAGCAUGGAGCAGGAAGCUAGCCUAAACGCAGAGGAGCGCUUGCGAAUCAACCGCCCCCCCAGCAGGCAGCCUGAACCCCAAAUAAGCACUCGUGAAGCCACAGCUGACGGAAGCCCCAGCCUGCCAAGAGGCGGCAGCGACCCAUCUUCCGCUUAUCAGAAGAUCGUUCGUCAGAGAUUCAUCAGGAGAAGCCUGUGGUUCUCGGACGCGGACGAGCAGGCCUCGGAGGCGACCGAAUGUGACGGCCGGCUCCUGAACGUGACCCCACCAACGGUCGCCGGCAGGACGCCAGGCGCCAGCGGCGGAAUACGGGAGGACUCCGGCGCCGAGACUCGAGGUGGGCAAAAAGAAGGAAAUGGCAGAGGUGACGAGGAGAAGGGCGAAAGCGGAGGAGAUGCGCUGAACGCCACGUGCAGCGAUGGCGGUAAAAGCGCCAUCAAGGCAGCCAGCGAGGAGACGGAGGAAGAGGCGGAGAUGAAGGCCGUCGCCACCUCUCCGGGAGGACGCUUCCUUAAAUUUGACAUUGAGCUCGGGCGGGGCUCCUUUAAGACCGUCUACAAGGGUCUGGACACGGAAACCUGGGUGGAGGUUGCCUGGUGUGAGCUGCAGGAUCGUAAACUGUCAAAAGUGGAACGUCAGCGCUUCAAGGAAGAAGCUGAGAUGUUAAAAGGUCUCCAACAUCCAAACAUUGUCCGCUUUUACGACUUUUGGGAGUCGCCGCUUAAAGGAAAGAAGUGCAUCGUUUUGGUUACGGAGCUUAUGACAUCGGGGACGUUAAAAACCUAUCUGAAGCGGUUUAAGGUGAUGAAGCCCAAGGUGCUAAGAAGCUGGUGUAGACAGAUCCUGAAAGGCCUUCACUUUCUCCACACCAGAACCCCUCCCAUAAUCCACAGGGACCUCAAGUGCGAUAACAUUUUCAUCACUGGCCCUACGGGCUCGGUCAAGAUUGGCGAUUUGGGGCUGGCCACGCUGAAAGCUGCCUCUUUUGCAAAAAGUGUCAUAGGCACUCCGGAGUUCAUGGCCCCGGAAAUGUACGAGGAGCACUACGAUGAAGCUGUGGACGUCUACGCCUUUGGCAUGUGUAUGCUCGAAAUGGCCACCUCAGAAUAUCCCUACUCGGAAUGUCAGAAUGCUGCGCAGAUUUAUCGCAAAGUCACAAGUGGUGUCAAGCCAGCCAGUUACAACAAGGUUAUGGAUCCUGAAAUCAAAGAAAUUAUUGGGGAGUGCAUCUGCCAAAAGAGAGAAGAGCGAUACGCCAUCAAAGACCUCUUGAACCACGCCUUCUUUGCCGAGGACACGGGCGUGAGGGUGGAGCUGGCCGAGGAGGACGACGGGCAAAAGACCUCCAUCGCCCUCAAACUGUGGGUAGAGGAUCACAAGAAAUUGAAAGGCAAAUAUAAGGAGAGUGGGGCUAUCGAGUUCACCUUUGACCUGGAGAAGGAAGUCCCCGAGGUGGUGGCACAAGAGAUGGUGGACUCUGGAUUUUUCCACGACAGCGAUGUGAAGACCGUAGGGAAAUCCAUUCGGGACCGCGUGGCACUCAUCAAAUGGAGAAGAGAAAGAACGGCAUCGGCUACUCAUCAAGUGGAUGGCGGCCAUGCGUUCCAGCAGGCAUCUUGUCAGGGUGCGCCUUCUCGGGACGUUCACGCAGGUCAACCUUCUUUGCUGGAGCCGCAAGCCGACAUCGAGCAGCACAACCAACCUCGCACCCUGCCGGCCAGUUUCACCUCAGUCACAUCAGACGGCACUUUUGACAGCGGCAAGGGCUCUACUGUUUACUCCGACUCCCACAGCAGCCAGCAGAGUGUCCUCUACCAGUCCCUGCUGGAGCCCAUCACCAUGGCAACACAGCAGUGGCAGCCAGGUAAAGCUUUUCCGGCAGAUCGACCUCACUCCUGUGAAACGGCCAAAGAAUGCGGGGCCACGCUGAGCCCGGAACGUGGUACUUGUUGUGAAUUUGCAGCCCGCAGAGGAAGCGCUCCCAUUAUAGACGCUUAUGAUCUUGAGCCCUUAGCUCAACUCGACGCCUCCAAACUCUCCCUGAGAUCCGUCAGCAGUGGAGAGAAAUUCCUCUCACCUUCAUCGGACGUGACGCUUCCUGUGACAAGGGUCCGCAGACACUCUGACAUAAGUGGGCUCCUCAAUUUAAUGUGUCAUCACAGCAGCCACCACCGGGGAGUGGUUGGACGUUCUGCGUCUUCUGAUGCACCGCCGCACUGUCCAUGUGCGUCCAAACGCACAGCGUUCUCAGUGGGAACGUUGCCUCGCCCUCCUUUGGGACAUCUGAAAGAUCCAAGCGAUUGUUCAGAUUUGCUCCUGCUGCAAAAGUCCCUGUUCAAUAUUAUCAACCAAAAAGGAGCGCCAGGUCAUGCUGCCUCCGCCCAGCCCGCCUGCGUUCAAUUCUCAGCUUCCCACAGGAAUCGUUUUGUUACCCCAGAUGGCAAUUUGAAGAGUCAUCAUCACCUGAAGGCCACUUUGGGUGGGGAAGAUGAAUGUCUUCAUGUGUGCGAGGAUAGAUCCUUUGCAAGACAGCAGCACGUAGCCGCUGCAAUGGGAGUGGCCAGUUCUGUGGGUCACCAGAAUCAAGCAGCAGAGCUCACAUCUCACCAAUACCUCCAGCCCGCUUCGCCCUACGCGUGCCAACCCAGUGCCGCAACCCUAAGUCAGGCCGCUUCAUGCUCAUCCAACACCCAUCCUGCCGCCAGCGACUGCUACCCACCUCCAAGUAUUCCCGCAGGAGCGCAGUGCUACCAGACACAAGGUCAUCAUCGGGAAGCACCGACUUUGAACUGCGUUGCUGCGUUCCAGCAGCAGACUCACACCGUGUCAGGUUAUCAACCGCAGACGGCAGCCGCCGUCACGGCUCUCCCGGCACAGCGGUCGGAACAAAGUUGCCCGCUUACGUGUGCGUCCUCGACGAUGACGGCCGUGGCCAAAUGUCAAUUGGCGCACGCUUGCAGUGGCGGCGCGCUGCUUCCAGAUGGCUCCCAAACUGGUCCGAGCGCUUCUGCAUCGCUACUUAGUAGCCAGCAGAUGCCCGUUCAACUAGAGAACCAACAACGCCUGAGGCAGCAGCCACAAAACGGGCUUCAGACACAGCUGGAGGCGAUGCAGAGCGCACAGCACCAAAUCACGUCACAGCGUCUUCUCCAUUGUCCAAGUCAACAUGAAGCACUAAGCCCCGCUCCCCAGCAGCAAGGCCGGCAGCCCGCACAGACAACCGCGCCGCAAUCCAGUCAAGACGCAUCCCAGUCCGAAGUCCAACAGCACCAGACUGCAAACGCAAAGCAACAAUAUUCUCCUGUGAUCUUACCUGAUGUCAGCAUUACACAUUCUGCCGUCAAUGCCGUACCUGCUCAGAGUCCGUACCUGCCCGGGCAGUCGUCUACUAUGACCUGCGGAGGAGGUCCCCAUCUCCUACAUGGCCAGGCAACUCACCUGACUCAAAAGAGUGUGCCAUUGGUUAGACAGGAGGGAUCGAACCAGAGCCCCCAUUCAGCAAGCAGUUUCCCAACCCAGACAAUUUGCGUCCAGCAGCCACUGGCUGAGGCAGACGUCCACCAGCGGCCACCGCCGCUGCAGAUUUCAACCUCGCUGCCAGCAACAGCAGUAGCAGCAGCAGCAGCAGCAGCACUCUCAUCUCAGUACCCGACUGUCCAGAAGUUGAUUGGCAGCCACCCAGAACCUGUCCAGCAGAUGAACCUUCUCACCCAGCCUGCACACUUGUCCACAACUGCGCAGACUACCUCAGACCAGGUUGUCGCUGGUGGCCAAUCGGGGAAGAAGGAAAUUCUGAGCCACGAGUCUCAGAGGACAUUGACAAGUUCCGGUCUGACGCAGCAGCAGUUCAGUGUUCCCACAGGAGACGCAGGUCCAGCUGAGGCCAACACAGAUGAUCAGGUUGUGGAAAAACACACUGGUGGACAAAGCUAUGACAGUGUCAACUCUGAUGCCACGUCAGGAAAGGAGAUGAGUGACGGCUAUGAAGGGACACACGGAAGCAAAGGCCAAGGAAGAAUCCGCAAACACCACCGGAGGUCAACACGCACUCGGUCUCGCCAAGAGAAGAUUAGCAGGCCAAAGCUCAGCAUGCUAAACGUAUGCAACACGGGAGAUAAGAUGGUUGAGUGUCAACUGGAAACGCACAAUCACAAAAUGGUCACGUUCAAAUUUGACCUGGAUGGAGACGCGCCUGAAGAGAUCGCAACUUACAUGGUGGAGAACGAUUUUAUCCUACACUUGGAGAAAGAAGUUUUCAUUGAGCAGCUCAAGGACAUCGUAGACAAGGCUGAGGAGUUGUUGAGUGAAGACACAGAGGCGGAGAGAAAUUCCAACCAGAUGAGCAGUCCCGCGGGUGAAGGGAUUAGCGCGAUGCUGGCGGAGGGAAUGAAGUCUUGUGCCCCCAGCACACCACAGCCCGUCUAUCAACAAAAUGUGCUUCACACUGGCAAGCGCUGGUUCAUCAUCUGCCCAGUGGCUGAGGUGCCGGUCCAAGAGCAAGACAAGAAGACUCCGUGUCACAGCUCAACUGAUCGGGAAUGUGAAAAUUCUGCUUCACUCUCGGUCGAAGCCGUCACCAACGCACCCGCCGCGUCGACCUCUCUCCCGUCUUCACGAGGCCCCUCGUCCGCGCCGUUGCAGCAUCAAGACCAAAGCCUUUGCCCCGUCCGGCACCCGCAGUCUCUUAUCAGUCAAGAUAAAAACAGCACAAAGGGGGCGGGCCUUCCCGUUGAAGAAGCCUGCGUCUCGGCAGUGUCGAUAGUCAGCGACAUCCCGUGCUGUGCUUUCAUACCACCCGCCUCGCUGGAUGUGAAGACUGAGGAUAAGGCGGAGGUUGCACCUUUGGCCGUUCAAACCGGUCAUCAAAAAGCCAGUCCUACCGGCGAGCUCCCCAUACAGCGUGUCGCACACCCGUCGGUGGUCCUGCAGCAACCCUGUCCCGCAACCGCGCCGCCAGCGGCCCCCAUCGCCUCUCAACCUCAAAGUCCCGCCCAUCAGACCUCGGUUCCCUUAGGUCCCGGGGAGUCGGACGGCGAGGGGCCCCGCCGGCUGGAAUUUGCCGAUCGCACUAUCAAGACUUUGGAUGAGAAGUUGAGGAAUCUGCUCUACCAGGAGCAUGCUCCCUCGCAGCCUUCAGGCGCCGCGGCCGACCCGCAAACCGCAGCCACGGAAGCACUCGGCUCAAUGACAGUCUCGGAUGGCCGUACCGGGGAGGCGCUGCCGCUCAAGAAACAGGAGGAGCCAGUGAUUCCUGAAAGGCCAGAUUGUGUGGAUGUUUUGGCGGCUGCCGAUAGGAAUUCGAUCAAAGGAGCUGUGACUGUCAGUGCUGCUUCACGCGAUUUUCAAACAACAACCACGGCACCAACUGUGGAAAAAAGCAAGGGUAGCCUCAACACUUUGUCUGGUUGUUCUCAAGGACCGGAUAGAAAUAAGAAUGACUGCACGACUGCUGGCAGAUCCUCGGCAGAUCCUGAGAGUCCAGCCGCAUCCAGAUCUCAUUCUAGUAACCGCUUCUCUGCCCCGCCAAACUUCUACCAGGCUACCCUCGCGUCCAGCCCGGAUAUCACCCCACGCCAUUUGCCCCGGGCCGUAACCAUCAGCGCUCCCAGCCGUCACUGCUCACGUCACUCGGACUCCGCGGAUGAGGACAGCGGCAGCGGCAAAGCUCUUCCAGCGGGGCGCCUCCACGCCCGGGCCGAGCACGGCGGGAGCAAGCUUGUCAAGAGGGCGGUGGACUUUCUCAAGCGCUCCGGUCGGAGCAAAAGCGAGCAGAGCCCUGAUUCGCUGAGCAAGCAACCACUGGAAAUGAACGGGCACGCUCCUUCGCCUGCGACGGGACAAGCGCCGUCUUCCUACAUCAGUAGUGACAAUGACUCCGAAUUUGAGGAUGCAGACAUGAGAAAAGAACUUCAGAAGCUGAGGGAAAAGCACAUGAAGGAAAUAUCGGAACUGCAGGCAUUUCAGAGAAGUGAAAUUGAGCGUCUGUACCAAGAGGUGGGAAAAUCUCUGCCGUCUAAUGUGGGCCUGCUUCAUGCGGCGCCUCCCUGUGGCCGUCGACGGAGGGCCAGUAAGCACAAAGUCAAGGCUGGCAAAUUGCUCAAUCCGAUGGUGCAGCAGCUCAAAAGCAAUCUCAGCGCCACUGCGGCAGAGAGUUCUGGAAGUUCCUCUGGAUCACCUGCUAAAAGUUCAGCUUUGUCGGACUGCUCCGCUCGCUUCAGCGGCAGCUCCGGCUCCAGCAAUCAGCGCAGCUCAACCCCGGAGCAGGUCCACACCCAGCAACCGUGUUCCUUGAAAGGCUCCUUUUCCUCAGACAACAUUCACGCUGGCCAACACGCUGACGGGACGACGAACUUGACGAGCCAAGGGUCGUCUUUCCGCGCCGCAGCUCAGACGCAGCCGUCCCUCGCCUCGGCCACCGCCCCGCUGGCGCCGUCGCCUCGGCCCAUCGGUCGGCUCGCCGGGGUCCAGACCAACAACAGCAACAAUAAGGAAAGAUUGUUUACAGAGGACCUGCACAAGUUGGUGGACGACUGGGCCAAGGAAACCACGGCGGCCCAUCAGCCGCCUCCCUCCUUGAACCAGAUAAAACAACAAAGGCGUUUGCGCGACCUGGAAGGCAAAGUCGAGCGCCCGACAGCAGCGGCCGUGCACAAGAUGAAAUGCCACGCGAGCCCCAGAGGGUCGACAGCCGGGAGAGCGCGGCCGAGUUCGACGAGCGGCCGAGGUCUCGACUCGCCUCUGGCGCUCCACGCCGGGCACCUUCUGUCCCCGGGCUCUUAUGCCCAGCGGUGGCCCGUUGCAUCAGCGAGCCCCUUACCCGCCGUGGCCAAACCUGGAAUCCAAGCCUACAAGUCGGAAAACGGCCUCUGCUCAAAUCCCGCCAGGACUACCUAACUCCGAGGCCGCAGUCUCCACAACGAUGGUGGACGCCACCCAUUUGCGCGUGUGUGCAUGUCACGUGUUGCGUACGAAGACUUCAUGCUUCUUGACGAAUGUGCUCAUUUAUCUUUGUCUGUGCACUUUCCAUUUUCUCUGGGCACAUGGUUACACUUCAAACACCGAAUUGGAAUUCAAAUACCUGGAUUUCCGAAACAAAACUGUAUUAACGUUGAUGGAAUGUAGUGCCUUGACCCUUCAACUUAUUCUUCUGUGCGACAUUUAUUUGAUUUAACAGCUCACUGGAGUGAAGUUUUCAAUGCAGCGGGCACUCUUUUUGCUUCUGAAUGCCAUCGUAGCUCUGCGCUUUUAAAAACAGCUAAUUAUCUUGUUCAGAUAAUCAAAUGAUAUUGUUUUUCAAUCGUUCCUCUGCUGUAUGCCAUAGUGAUGAAACGCACUGCUGCCUUGCAAAGGAAAAAUGAAUUGAGGGGAGGAAGUAGGAGGCCAGCAGGUUCUUGUUUCUCUCCUCUCGUUUUCACAGACAACAUAGACAAGAUUUGGUCGUACAGGAUUUUAAUAUUGAGAGGAAUGACCGCAUCCAGAAACGAUGGCUGGGUGAGAAUGUAGCAGAUGGCAUUUGAUAGUUGGAGUCUUUCAAGUGAAAUUGAAUCCUCCUGCAAAGCUUUGAUUGUGGCAUUGCCACCGGCCUUAUCUGAGCUGAAAUAAUGUGAUGUGUGCAGAAGGAGCAAAAAUUGGAAGCAAAGCGUGACACAUUGUACAUAUUGGCCAGUUUAGAGUUGAUCCUUUUUUUUUUUUUUUUCAUGCUGCUGUCAUGUAAGCCUAUUAUUGACAUGAUUGGAUGGUACCAAAAAGAAAAGUCCUGAAACUGAGCAGCGUUAUUGCCUUUGUUUUAUGAAGCAUUUUCCUUGACAGUCGAAUAUGGGAGAUUUGCACAAGAUAUAGACUCCCGAGCUUGUACUUUAUGUUGACGUGUUUCUUCAUGUGUGCAGCAUCUGUACUGUUCUUACAAAUCGCCAAAAAGCACCGACGUUUUCCUCGCCACAAAAGUUGUCCACAAGAAAUGAUUGAAAAGAAUCAGGACCUGGACCCUUCCAAGCUGUGAAUUGUACAGAUUAGUUGUAGUGUAAAACUGUAUAUUUUGUUAAACUUUGUGUGCGUGCGUGUGUUGUAGAGCGGUUGCUUGGAUGUACAGUAUCAAUUCGCUUUGAAUUGGACUUUUCUAAUAAUUUAUGCAGAAUCCUCUUCUUUGGGGAAAUACUUCCAGUUGUAAGAGAUUUCUGUUCUCUGGCAUUUCUAUCUGGGCUCGUUUGCUUUGUUUGAGUUUUCUUUGUGCUGAGAAGAUGACGCCGGUUUAGUGGACAAAUUCAGGUGGUGGCUGGCGCUUCCCCUCCCUGCAUGUUUGUGGCCAACAAACGUUCCCUCACAGCUAAAAUGCUCCCAUGGGAUGUGGAGGGGGG